AUGUCAAAUGCUAACCAGUCCAGUAUUCAAACGAGAGAUCACUUGUACAAGAUAUUAGUGAUUGGUGAUUUGGGCAGUGGAAAAACGUCAAUCAUCAAACGAUAUGUGCACAGAUUUUUCUCACAGCAUUAUAGAGCCACGAUUGGGGUCGAUUUUGCUUUGAAGGUUCUCAACUGGGACGAAUCCACCCUCAUCCGCCUCCAGCUGUGGGAUAUCGCGGGCCAGGAGCGGUUCGGCAACAUGACCCGAGUGUACUACAAGGAGGCGGUCGGGGCCUUCAUAGUUUUCGAUGUGACGCGGAAGCAGACGUUCGACUCGGUGCAGAACUGGAAGCAGGAUCUGGAUAGCAAGGUGCAACUGCCCGACGGGUCCAAUAUACCGUGCGUGCUGUUGGCCAACAAGUGCGAUCAGCCAAAAGAAGGUAUCGUUACGAACCCCGAAAAGAUGGAUGAAUACUGCAAGGAGAGCGGUUUCCACGCUUGGUACGAAACCUCGGCGAAAGACAACAUAAACAUAGACGAAGCGGCGAGGUCGUUGGUCGAGAAAAUUUUGGCGUACGAUGCUCUGCUGAAUAACGAUUCCAAAAAGGCAUCGGAUCAGUUUUCGUUGAGAGAUUCGGACGGUCAGAAACGGGGAAAAACUUGCAAUUGCUAA